AUGGCAUCUGAAGACGCUUUAUUGGAAGAGGACAUUUGGGAGUACAAAUCCAUUAGGAAGCGACAACAUCAGAGUAAUUCACAGAGCUCCUCUACUCCUGGGCAGGAAGUAAGUGAUGGCAAGGGCAGACCAAAAAGAAAGAGAAAUAGGAAAAAGAAUUCCACAGAAAAAACUGAUACAUUUCAGAAAACCAAGCAGAGUUCACAGCCAGGUCAGGGUGUGGAUCAAUGUGAAGAAGACAGCAGCGUCCCCUCCCAGGAAAGCGUGAGUAGCCUGGCAGAACAGAGCUCACAGAAUGCAAAGCCUGUUCAUGAUGGAUUCUGUCCCAGCUGCCAGAUGCCUUUCUCUUUGCUAUUGGUCCAAACACCUCAGUGGCACGUCUAUGAAUGUUUGGAAACUCCAGGAACCAUUGAAAAAGAGUGUCCUGAUGGUUUGCUGUGCACCUCCACCAUUCCAUCUCACUACAAGCGUUACAGCCAUUUUCUACUUGCAGCAAACAGGGCAGGGGAGUAUCUUUUAAACCCUUUGGGACCCACUGUGGAGAUGAAGAUGAUGUGUUCUACUGCUGUAAAGUCCAGCUGUUCCCCAAGUUAUGCAGAGGAAACAUCAUGGAAUGAGAAACCCUCUACUGAAAUAAAGCACGUCCCAAAUGAUGACUGUGCAGCAGUGGUACGGAAUUCACCGCAAAUGAAAUCUUUAAAUAUAAUUAGUGGAAGUCCUUCCUUUUUUGCAGGUGUUGAAAAACCUCAGCAGACUUACCAGCUCCCCCAGGCAGCAGAUAAUCGUUGUAAAUUUGAAUUUUUUGAUUUUGCAUCCUCUCAAGAAAGUGAAACAGGAAAAGAUGUGUGUAUUGAGAAAGAUACAAGUCAGCCAAGUCUGCUACAGUCAGGAGUGGACUUCAAUGACUGUGAAAUUUCUUACUCUCCAUUAAGUACAUUUGAGGAAAGUGAAGAUGAAGAGGAGGAGAAAGUAAAAGUAUUACAGAAUAAAUUAUUUGAAGUGCAGAACUCAGAAGAAGACUCUAAUUCUGUGGUGCUUAAAACAUUUGAUGGGCUUCUCUUACAGAGGAAGCCUCAGUAUGAGUAUACGAAAAUGGAAAAUUUCAUAACUGAAAAAACCUUCUCUGAGGAAGAAAAUACACUGAACCAUCUAGAUCCUCAGCAAGGGGUGGUAGCCAGUAGAUCCUCUUUUGCUUCUAGUUACAAGGAGGCUGAACAACCAGAACUUAUUUCCUUGGCUGCCAAAGCAGGAACCACUGAGUCAGAAGAUGCUGGUGCUUGUGCUCUGGAUUCUGCAUAUGUCAGUUUUACUGAGCCAUCACUGCUAGACAGAGAACAUGCUGGCUCUCUUCUGACACAGAAGAGUAAUGUUUUGAGGGAGCCAAGUAACAUUUUAACUCGUACAGAUAAAACGACUGCCAGUGCAAUUGAAAAAAGAGCUUGCCAGGAGAGUCUGCAGACAGCAGUGGAGAAAAAAGGAAAUCUUAGUACAGCUGCUGCGUGCUUUCCCAGCCCCAUCUCUUCUAAAUCAGUGCCAUCUCUUUCAUCAGCAGCUAUGAACACUAAAUCUAGUCCUGCCAAAGAACUUAAGCAAAUGGACAUUGGUGUUUUCUUUGGGUUAAAACCCAAAGCAAAGGAGGAAUGCAAAGGAGAGGCAUGUUUGAAUGAGAAAAAGCACAUACCAGCUUCAGUAUCUCCUAAUGCAAAGAGGCCCAGACUGCAAAAAAGGAAGGCUGAGGGGUCUGUGGAAGAUGUGGAAGCAGUUACGAAAAGUUCAAGUAAAGAUGAAGCCAUUGCAGAUGUACCUUCUGGUGGCCAACGAAGGUGGAGAAAAAAAUUUAAAGUAUUACCUACGACAGGUGAAGAACCAAGAAAAAAGCACUGCCCAUUCUACAAGAAAAUACCAGGAACUGGUUUUACAGUUGAUGCCUUCCAGUAUGGAGAAAUUGAAGGCUGCACAGCUUAUUUCCUUAGUCAUUUUCACUCUGACCACUACUGUGGACUAACAAAAAACUUCAGGUUUCCUAUCUACUGUAAUAAGAUAACUGGCAAUCUGGUAAAGAGCAAACUCCGAGUCCAGGAGCAGUUUGUCCACGUGCUGCCAAUGGACACUCAAUGUGUGGUCAAUGGGAUCAAAGUGCUGUUGCUUGAUGCCAAUCAUUGUCCAGGUGCAACAAUGAUCCUUUUCUACCUGCCAAGUGGGGCUGUUAUUCUGCACACAGGGGACUUCAGAGCAGACCCUUCCAUGGAACGCUACCCUGCUCUGAUGGGCCAGCAAAUCCACACCCUUUACCUUGAUACCACAUACUGUAGCCCUGAGUACACUUUUCCUUCACAACAAGAGGUUAUCCAGUUUGCUGUCAACAUUGCCUUUGAGACAGUGACUCUAAAUCCACGAACUCUAGUUGUCUGUGGCACUUACUCCAUUGGAAAGGAAAAAGUUUUCUUAGCAAUUGCUGAAGUUCUGGGCUCCAAAGCAAGUGUGUCCCGUGACAAGUACAAAACCCUGCAGUGCUUGGAGUCAGCAGCUGUUAAUUCCCUCAUCAGUGUGGAUUGGAAGGGUACUUUGCUUCAUGUUCUUCCCAUGAUGCAGAUAAAUUUUAAGGGCUUGCAAGAUCACUUGAAUAAGUUUUCUGAGAAUUUUGAUCAAAUUCUGGCUUUCAGACCUACGGGGUGGACCUACUCUGAUUCAUGCCUUUCUCUGGAGGAUAUCAAACCUCAGACAAGAGGAAAAAUCACUAUAUAUGGAAUUCCUUACAGUGAACACAGCAGCUACCUGGAAAUGAAGCGUUUUGUUCAGUGGUUGAAGCCACAGAAAAUCAUCCCCACUGUAAAUGUUGGUGACUGGAGAGACAGAAGCUUGAUGGAAAUGCAUUUUAGAGACUGGAUGACUGAGGGCAAUAGACAUAAAUAA